AUGAAGUCUCUCGCUGACCUCGAGGACCCUCCAGACAGCUGCGAGCACGCUCGCUCUCCCUCCAACGCUCCCCUGCUCUCCUGGAAGUACGCAGACAAACUGUCUACCUCGAUACCCACCCCGCGUUCCCUCCCUUUAAAUACCCGCUUUCGCAGACUGGUCGUUCUCGCUGUAGCUGCUCUGUUUGCAUUUGCUGUCAUUGCCUUAUCCUCUUCACACCUCUCUUCUUUCGACCAUGCGACCUCCGAACUUACUUCGCCGUCUACCACACUUGCCGCUGCGCCAUUAGUUGACAUCUCAGAUGUCGACUUGCAGGGACAGUACACAUAUUCCCCGUAUGUCAACGGCCCACCUACCGCAAGAUUCCGCGAUAAUUUGCGCAAUGAUACCAAGUACAUUACCUCCUGGAUCUCAGCGGGAUGGACGAACGACGUCAUGACCUACGCUAACCUGAUAUACCUGGGAUCCAUCACCGACCGCGUCCCCAUCAUCGCCAUGUUCACUCCUUCUCACAUUGGCGGCGACGCUGAAACCAUCCGCUUCGGCGACGUCUUCGACGUGCAGCGCUUCAACAAAGAAUCCGGCAUCCACAUUAUCGAAUGGGACGAGGUCAAGGCUCGCAAUAGUACCGAGGUUGAAGACAUAGGUUGCUGGAACAUUUGGGAGGCCGUACAGUACAACGAGGAUCACCCCAGGGGCAGCGCUAUCCCAUGGCACGUCGGACUCGAUAUCUCGUACACUAGAGCGCCUGACUGGGUGAAGCUGAUUCCAGACUACCCGCACGAUCAAGGCAGCUCGUUUUGGGCGCUCGCGAGACUGGGGUUCCCGCAGGAGCGCGCGAAGCACCUUGGCACCGCGACGCCGUCUCCCCAGCACGGGGUGACGCUGGACCCUGACCAGCAGGUGCUAUGUUACGACUACUUGUACUAUACGUGGGCGCAGCAGCCGUACGAGUGGGAGAAUGACUAUUUUCCGGCGUGGAGAUUUGUCACAAAGUACUUGCGCUGGACAAAGGGGAUCGAGGCACUCACCGCCUUGUACCUGCGGCGUGCAUUUGACCUCACGACAACCGCUGAGAUCCCACCUUAUAUUGCCAUUCAUGUACGACAUGGUGAUUUCAGAAAUUGGUGUUGGGCGGCCGAGCAGCCAGAAGACUGCUUCGCACCGCUGCCCGUCAUUGCUAGACGCGUCAGGGAGGUACAAGACGAGCUCAGACGGCGCAAGGGCAUCGAGAUCCCUGCGACGAGGGUCGUGAUGACGAGUGACGAGAAAGACCAACUGUGGUGGGAUGAAGUGCUGGCCCUCGGGUGGCAGAGGAUCGACCACGACGCGCUUCACACGGCCCAAACCUACGGGAGAUGGUACCCUGUUCUCCUGGACGCGGCUAUCCAGUCCAACGCGCUCGGCUUCGUGGGCACGGAUCGCUCGACUUACUCUGUCCUCUCGCGCCGCCGGGUUGAGGACUGGCAAGAUGGCGCGACGCGCAUGGUGUUGUGGGGCACCAAGGGCGCCGAUGACCAUUAG